AUGACCCUGCAGCUGAGGACCAGAGCCGGGCUGUCCGGCCUGCACUGCUCUGUGGGGCUGACCGACUGGGACAUGGACAAGGAGCUGAGGCUGGCCACCACCACCGACCAGUUCUGGCACGGUGAAAAGAUCUUAGCUUUUAUCAUUUUUUUAAGGUUGCAAAUGAUCGUUAGUGGCAAAAAGCAUAGGAACCAUUCCGGUCCGUUUCUGAUAAAAGAAAAACUGAAUGAUCAAUAUGUGGUGCAGAGAUCUUGUGCGAGGGCUUCAAGGAGAAAAGACGAGUUCAUCUGGUAUGAUAAAACAUCAGACACCUUCGUGAAGCCCAACCUGUGGCUGCUGGUCAACCCGCACAUCGCCUGUCCCAUCACCUACCGGGAGCGCGCGCCCGGGCCGCGGCCUGCGCGCGACCCAGCGCGUGCGCAGGAGCCGGCGGAGCGUCCUGCGCCUCCUCCGCCGGACGCGGCGCCCCCCCCCUCCUCUUCCUCCUCUUCCUCCUCUUCCUCCUCCUCCUCCUCCUCCGCCGGACACACGGUAAAGGAGCGGCUGCACCUGUCCGGCCUCCCGUCUGCCGCAAAGCAGCUGCAGAUGACGCAGAUGGCGAUCAAGAAUGAAGCUGGACCCUGUCGACCAAACAAGAGCAGGCGCCAGGGGAGGACCACAAAGAUCCUGAGGAGGAAGAGGAGGAGGCAGGAGAUCCCGCUCUUCAUCCUCAAAUCUCUGUGUCACAAAGCCCAAACGGAUCCUAUUACAUCUGACCCCUGGGCUGGUCCUCUGAUCGGUCAGUGUCCACCUGGACUUCGUCCCCGGUCCAGUAGUUCCUCCUCUGAGAGGUCAUUUGAAUCGCAGACCCACAAAGCAAGCAUCGGCACUCUGGAGCGCCGGGGGCAUUUCCCUACAGGGAUGGAGAGUGAGAAGAUUUGA